GGUAGUUUCUGCACGACUUGACUAUCUAAACAGAAGUGUAUAUUGGGAAUAUAUAUGUAGUUGAUUAUUCAGUUUCCUUCUCUCCAAUUUUGCUUCAUCUUUUAGGUUUAUUUUGAUGACGAAGAGCUCUGAAAAAGAAACAUUUCACCUAUCCGGACCACAAUACCUCACUAAGAUACUCGAUUGGAGAAAUGCAAGUCAUAGGAGGUCUAUUGCGGCCAGCUCAGUAAAAGGUGUGUACAUUCUUGAACGUGACCGCCAGAAAAAUCGCCAAGGUCCUGAUGCCCUUGCUCCACCUUGGUGGGAAUCGUUCCAUUUUAGUUUAAUCGAAACUUUGGUUGACAGUAAAGACCAAUCCAUCUUUGGUGCCAUUUACCAGUACAAAGGCCCCAACAACGACCAUCACUCAACUACCUCGUCUCACCAUAAUAAGAAUCCACCAAAAUAUGUGAUUGCCUUUCGAGGUACACUUCUGAAACCAAAAAGUGCGUACCAAGACUUGAAGUUGGACCUCAGAGUCAUAGUGCACCGUCUUCACAACAGCACCCGUAUUACAAUCGGUUUGCAAGCUGUACAAAAUAUUGUUGACCUUAAUCAAGGGUCUUAUAACGAUAUCUGGCUAGCUGGGCAUUCCUUGGGUUCUACAAUUUCGUUAAUAAUUGGACGGGAUAUGGUAAAAAAUAACAUUAAUCUGGAAACGUAUCUUUUCAACCCACCCUUUGCAUCUCUUCCAAUUGAGAAAAUCAUCAACAACAGCACGUUGAAGCUUGGAAUCCGCUGUGCUCAUAGCGUAGUUACUGCUGGACUUUCUUUUGCGAUCAACAUGGUGAUGAGUCCAGGUAGUACUAAUCAACCAAAUGAUACAUUUCCUAAACUAUGUGGAUGGGUUCCGUACUUGUUUGUGAAUAAAUCAGAUCCAAUAUGCUCGGAUUAUUUUGGAUAUUUUGAAUAUUUGGAGAAGAUGAUCGAGUCUGGUGCUGAUGAAAUUGCAAGGGUAGUAACGCGAAAUUCAUUACAAAGUAUUUUAGAGACUGCAAUAGGAAGGGAAUCAGAACCAUCACAAAAUCUUCCAUCUGCCCAUAUGAUUACUAAUUUGAGCCCUUGUACGUCUCAUGGACUUAGUCAAUGGUGGGCACCUGGUUUGCAGUGCAACUAUAAGCGUUACAAAUUUUGGUAGCAUUUACUUUUCUCCAAAUUAAUCUGUCAUGUCUUUCAAUUGUAAAGCUGAAGGUUAAUAUUUACCUAUGCAUGAUAUAUAAUUAUGAAAGCAAUUUUUAAGCCGAA